CACAGCAGGGAUGCGCGCCAGUGGGAAAGUGAUUAGUUUAGCAAAGAUAAGGGCGACUGAUUAGCAGCAGAAAGUUGAUGCAAGUAGUGCAAGUGUCCCGUAUACCCUGAGUGGGUCAGGCGAGGAGAGGAAAACAUUUAUUGUGAAUGUAUUUGUUGACUGACUCAGUCCUAGUGUUGUAGUUGUUCAGUGAAGAUCGCCUCAAAGUAUUAUUUUGAUAGCUCAAUGGAUAGGUGAAAAUGCUGGGGGAUGAAAUCAGGUUUUAUGGUUUAAUGAAAUUUUAAUUUUUUCUUAUUAGUCCAAUUUUCGGUUUCAUUCAAAGAGCAACAUGGCUGAUUCAAUGAUGGGAACGUUUUGGAUCUUUGUUUUCUUGCUUGGAUGGAGCUGCUCUCAAGGACUAGAAUGCAUGCCUGGUGAGACAGUCACAUUUGAAAAAGUGACGGGGCACGUCCCAAUAAUAGCGCUUCAAAAAGAAUUGCUCCAUCUCGAGCCAGGCCCACAGGCGCUUUUGAACGAAUGCGCAAAACGAUGCAUUGGUGAAGGAGCCGAGUGCGCUGCAUUUGUGUUGGAUUACCACCAAAGUAGCUGUUUUAGCAUAAAUAUGACACGGUCAGACAGUCCCACACUUUUCACUCCACAAGGAGUUGAUUAUUUUGAGAAGGUUUGCUUUAAAGGACCCAAAUGUGGAGACGUUGAAGUCAUGGUUGAGAGGGUGCCAGGUUUUGAGCUCCGCGCUCUUCAAUCGGUAGCCGUUCUUGAUCAAAUUUUCAGCAGGAGUGAUUGUGCUGCUGCCUGUGUGACAUCGCUCUUAGGCUGCAGAUCUGCACUCUUUGAUAAAGAAUGGGGAAAAUGUAUCCUCAUCGCUCAGGACAGACGUUCUUUGCCAUCCGCCUUUGUACCAUCCACAUUAGAAGUUGAUUACCUGGAAAACCUCUGCUUCAAUGCUUUAAACCCUUCAAAGCAAGAGUGUUCGUUUGAAGAAUUCCAUUCCAUGACAAUUGGUGCUGCAGAUAUUUCACUAAUUAACAUGGAAAACAGCAAGUGUAGAGAAAUGUGCAUCAAGGAAAAAACAUUUAUUUGUCGGGGUUUCACAUUUGAGGGAAACAAAUGCAGUUUGCACAGUUCAGACUUGGCAAGCCGUGGGCCUGAGUCUUUGAUUGCAAGCCCAGGAGCUACUUAUUUUGAAAGGGCGCCUUGCCUGGAUUUACUAAUCAGGUGCUCUAAAAACAUGAUAACCGCCCGUUUGCAAACUGCAGAGCCAUUUUUCGGUCGCAUAUUUGUGCGUGGAUAUUCAAAUAUCUGCGACGUAACGGGCCAAGGGGAAACGGAGACAACUCUGAGCAUUGGCUCGCAGUGCGCCACAUUUGAUGAAAAACAGGUUGGAGUUUCUCUGGUUGUUCAAUACAAUCCCAUUCUACAGCGUCGUGGCGAUCGGGCCCUUAAUGUGUCCUGUGGAUAUGGUGAUUCGCUGCUCAAAGCAGUGAAUGGGUCAAUUACAGUGGACGGAGACCCGUUCUUUGGUGGUGCAAUCAGCAUUAAUUCUUCAUCAAUUUACUCAAACUCAAAUGUAAAAAUUGUGAUAACAGACAGGGAAGGCAAUGAGGCAAGCGUGACUGAAGUUGGUAAAGAGUUGGAACUCCGGAUAAUUGCAAUCAAUACAGAUCCAUUUGAUGUGACGGCUGGAAAACUGAUUGCAACUAAUUUGGAUGGAACAGAUAGUGUCCUUCUAUUAGAUGAACGGGGGUGUCCCCCAGAUCCAGCAACAUUUCCGUCUUUGAUGAAGGAUACCGCGACUGGCGAUCUAGUUGCCCACUUUCGUGCAUUUCGCUUCACAAACACCACGGUCGUUCGGUUUCAUGUGAGGGUCCACUUUUGCCAAGGAAAAUGCGCACCAGUUGAUUGUGGAAGCAAAGGGAUUUCUUAUGGAAGACGGCGCAGGGAGAUAGAGGGGCCUGUUGGUCGAGGCAUAGUUUGGCCACAGGAGUCAAUAAUUAAUCCACGAGACAAUCACCCUCAUGAUUUGGAAACGGGUAUUCUUGUCUUCGGUCCAGAGCCAAUAGUUUCCAAUCCAAUCAAUUUGACCUCCACCGAAAGCUCGACUAGUUUAUUCACUAUGGCAAUGUCAGACAAUAUCGAGACCCUGGAAGGAUGGUGGUGUGUUAGCAUGGGCGUAUUUAUUGGGGUGCUUGUUGCUUGGAUUUUGUUGCAAAUCAUCCUGGCAGUGGCAAUUUGGACAGCAGCAACAUUGUAUGUGCAACACGCAAGCACCGUGAGACUUAGAAAAGUGAAGUGGCAAGACGAUUCCGCCUUUGAUUAAUAAUUAUUUAUAAAAAAAAAACAUUUAUUGACAGCAUUGAGCAUUAUGUAAUUGAGCGUGUUGUUUUGUUACUGUUAGUCAGUUUUAUUUAUUUCCAUACACUUUGUUUUUAUGUCACCUUCUAAUUUUUAUUUUUCAAUAAAAACGCUUACUUAACACA